AUGACAGGAGAAGAUGGGCGACGUGAAAUUCAACGGGACAUACUACGUAUUAUGCAACAAUUGCAACAAGAAGAUGAAUCACAGGUACGAUCGGUUGCAUCUCUGGCUACACCAUUGCAUCAGCAAUAUGUACAACAGCAACAAUUAGUACGGCAAACUGUUCCAGAAUCUGAUGAUGAGCUUCUACUGAUACUCACACAACGGCAACAACAAGAAGAAAAUAUGGACACAAUGCCACCUCAACAGCAACACCACUUCCAACAACAACAACAACAACAACAGCCAGUUGAAAAUUAUAUACCGUUAACAUUAAAGGAGCACAAUAAAGACCGAUGUGCAUAUUUGCCUACUUUUCCUUAUUUGAAUUCAUGCAAACCAAAUGAAAUUCCUCUUUUAUUAGCUAAUGUGUCAACAAGUAUCUUAGGUCCGAAUGAUUUAACUCGUCGAUACGCUACUUGUUAUGAGGGUCCAUUCAUUCCAAUAAUUCUAAGUGAUCAAAUGAAUUCAUACAUGUAUGAUUGUUUUAAACGAGAUUUUAAUGAUUUAAUUGAACGCUUAAAAAUUAAUCCAGCCAUAAUAGAUUUUAAUCUUGGACGUUUGCGACGUAUUGUUGAAAGAUUUCAACUUUUACAAAUGGUAUUUUCUCGACGAUUUACUCAAUGGAACAAGAAUAAUAUUCCAGUAUAUGCACAACACGAUAUAAACUUCCCAAAUAAUCUACUUAAACUUAAUGAAAUUGAAUUAAAAAUAGGCUUAGAAUUUUUCUUACAAAUUGACGUCGAUCUUUUCUACAUGAAAACAUGUACCUUUCUUAAUGCAUGGCCUCGAUCUUUAGACGAAGGUGUAUUUUGUAAAUCACACUUACCUUUGGUACGAUACAGUUUUCAAGCUUGUGAGAAGAUUUCUUGCACAUUAUGUGAAUCACCAUCGACAAUUAUUCAAUCUGAUUCCUGUCGAACACAUCGCUUUCUAAACGGUUAUUAUGCAAUUCUCAAUUGUCCAGUUACGUGCCAAACGAAAAACAUCAUCUAUACUUUAACUUGCCCAUGUGGUGAAUAUGAUUUUAUUGGAUCAACAUCUUCCCAUAUAUUAGAAGUGAUUGAAUCUAUUCGAGAAAAUGGCAAUCAAUAUAUGCAUGAAACAUUAAUAUCUGCAAAUUCACCUUUCGGUUCACAUCAAGAUACGAACAAUUUUUUGCAUAAUCAAAAAGAAUUCAUUCGUUUAUAUCAACACUCAGCACGUUGUGCUAAAGUCAUUCAAUUAUUUUUAAAUGUGAAUCCAGACUAUGAUUGUUUUAUACCUAUGACUUAUGAGCAAGCCAUGGUGGAUGAUAGAAAUAAAAUUAUAGAACUAUCACCUGUGAGUGAUUUUAGUGACUUAUUUAUUCAACAUGUACCAAUACCACCGAAGGGUUAUAUGUUUUCAAAUUAUCAACAAGAAAAACAAAGAAAAUUCUUUGAAAAGUUACAUUUCAUAAAAAGUCACGAUGAAAAACUGUUUACACCAGUUGAUUUUUAUAAUUUUUCGGUUAUAGCUGUUCUACCAGAAAAUUGUUCUACAUUAUUACGUCAAACACUAGAAUGUCUCUUUGCAACACAUGCCGAAACAAAAUUAAAUAUGUUCAAUUUACGUACAAAAGAUACACACGAAUUAUAUGCAUUUCCUUAUCAUAGAGUAUGGUGUGAGAAUAUCAUACGUUCAUCGCCGAUGACUUCGUAG